AUCUCAUGCAUGAAGGUUUUCGUUUUCCCUUUCAUAUUCGUUCUUCAGUUGCGUGCUGUCCUCCAUCUGUCAGAAAUUUAUACCCCAGUUGAAGUUUUCUCCUCGGGUUGCUUGGUCCUUUUGCUUGUUUCUAAUAUUUUGGAGCUUCUCUGCAAAAUUCCAUCGUUUACAAGUUCAGACAAGUCAUUGUCGAGACAACAUAGAGCGAAGAAAUCGAAAUAGAUCUCCGUUUUCGUCACCAAAUCUUGGUCUUUCCCUUUGUAAUCAGAGUUCUUGAUUGAGGAGUGACAGCUGAGGUAGCACUAGAUAGCACGCAAGAAACACGUACUACAAGGCACGAGUAGAACCUUUUGCGCCAGCUUACCCGUCGCAGAAAUGGGCUGCUUGUGCCUCUUCAACGGCAGGUCCAAGAGCUGCAAGAGGCGGCCGGAGGCGACGGCCCCCGCGCCGGCGCCUGCCGCACUCUCCUCCACUGAGGCGCGGUCGUUCGCGUCCGCGGCAGCAGCCGCCAGCUGCGCCUCGUUUGCGUCGUCGUCGGCGAACGUCUCGGAGGCUUCGGGCGCGCGGCCGGCGGCGAGCGGGUCCUCCGGCUCGGGCUCGGCCGCUUCGUCGGCGCGGAGCAUCCCGGAGCUGUACGAGGAGAGGGGCGCCCUGUGGGAGUUCGGCCUCCGGGAGCUCCGCGUCGCGACGCGCGACUUCAGCCCGCUGCUCAUGGUCGGCGAGGGCGGCUUCGGGUGCGUCUACAGGGGCGUCCUCCGCCUCCCCGGAGGCGGCCCCGGCGGCACGCCGGUCGCCGUCAAGAGGCUCAACCUCAACGGACGUCAGGGCCACAAGGAGUGGCUCGCCGAGGUCCAUUUCCUGGGCGUCGUCGAGCACCGGAACCUCGUCAAGCUCAUCGGCUACUGCGCCUCGGAGACGGACCGAGGCCCGCAGCGGCUGCUGGUGUACGAGUUCAUGCCCAACAAGACGCUGGAUGACCACUUGUUCAACCGGGCGUACCCUGUGCUUCCAUGGGAAGUCAGGCUGCAGAUCGCACUGGGCGCUGCCGAGGGAUUGCUGUAUCUCCAUGAGGGCCUGGAACUUCAGAUCAUAUACCGGGAUUUCAAAGCGUCCAACGUACUGCUGGACGAGGAGUUCAGACCCAAGCUAUCAGACUUUGGGUUGGCAAGGGAGGGGCCAUCAGAAGGCCAGACUCACGUGUCCACAGCGGUCAUGGGCACCUUCGGCUACGCAGCGCCGGACUACGUGCAGACUGGGCACCUCACCACCAAGAGCGACGUCUGGAGCUUCGGCGUGGUGCUGUACGAGAUCCUCACCGCGCGGCGCUCCAUCGAACGCAACCGGCCCAGGAACGAGCAGAAGCUCCUGGACUGGGUGCGGCGGCACCCGCCCGGGAGCGAGCAGUUCGGGGCGAUCAUGGACGCGAGGCUCCAGGGGCGGUACCCCAUGCGAGGCGCCACGGAGGUGGCCAGGCUCGCCAGCGGCUGCCUCGCGAAGCACGGCAGGGACCGCCCCACGAUGAGGGAGGUGGUCGAGGGGCUGAGGCAGGCGACGCGGCACACGGAGAUGGACGGCGUUGUCGUCGUCGUGGGUGCGGCGGCGGCGGCGGAGUGCCAGCGCUCGCCUCCUCGUGCGGAGGAGGAGGAGGCGCCGGGCGCAGAGGAUGCCAGUGCCGUGGCGGUGGCGGUGGCAGCGGAGGCGAGGAAGAGGCGGAUGCUUCAUCUGGCUGCUCUUGGGGGUGCUGCCGCUGAUGCUCACGCCAGGAGGCGGCUCAUGCUCAUGAGGGCUGCUACCACUGCCGCCGCUGCUCCGACGUGAUCUCCUGCCGUUGUUGUUGAUGCCAUUGACUUCGUUCAUGUACAGUCUGAACCUAUGACUUCUGAAAUAUCCUUUCUCUCUGUUGUUGUGUGCGGCUUAGAAGAUUGACAUUGAUUUUUCCAUUGCCUGAUCUGAUGGAUCAGUAUUUGAGUAGGCAGUAGGCACUAGCCAAAGAUGACGGAAAAAACGGGAGGUGUGAAAUGCAGUCCUGCCAUUUUCUUCUCAACCUAAAUAAUAUACGAUGCUGAAGUUGCAAUGUUUGAAUA